AUGAACAAAACUGCAUUAACCGGACCAGUAAACACUGUGGUGGAUAGCACAAAGAUGGCGGCGAAAGGGUAUGAUUUGUUUUCUAUGAUUAGCCACGUUCUCGUUGUUGCACAACGAUUAAUGUUCCAAAUAUUGAAUUUUCUAGUUAUCGAGAUCCCAGCUUUUUUUAUAAGGCUACUAGCCAUUGACUUUCAGUUUUCAUUGCAUUUAUCCUCGAUAUUGUUGAUUGUGCUUUGUUUUGGGAUUUUUGUAUUCUUUGUACUAAGAUACAAGUAUCUCAACAGUUACAGUAUCCCAGAUAAGUCUACAGGCCAAGACUUUAACCGUCCAAAUGUAUUUAUGGAGAAAUCUAAACUGGUCAAGAAUCCUACAAAUUAUCUAUCACAGUUUAUGCAGGGAAUAAAAGUGUUUGGAUAUUUAGAAAAAUCUGUGUUUCACGAAUUGACUAAAAGUAUGUACACGCAGAAGCUAACUAUGAAUGAAGUGAUGAUACUUGAUGAGUCAGUGGGAUUCCUGGUUGUGGUUGAAGGUGUAGCUCAAGUAUACACAAAAGUAUCAAAAGAAACACCGGUCAAUAGUGGCGGUAUAGAUACAGAAUAUUUUGAGGAUGCAGGAACCCAAACGGAUGAGUUUUUGACUGUGGGGAAGAAGCAGUACCAAUUGUUAAACGAGGUCAAAAGUGGUACACCAUUAAGUUCAUUAUUCUCGACCUUGGAAUUAUUCCAGCCCAAAAGAAAUGUUAUGUUUACACCUCGAGAAGAAGAUGAGAAUAGCGUUGUUGCCUUGAACUUGGACUACACGGGAAAUUCGGGUAAUGCACAACCCACACACCUCGAGGACCCGAACUAUGAAGAAUAUCCGGAAAUUAUUAUCAGACCCAAAAAGCUACAUAACUAUGACACAGUCACCAUUGCAAUCAUCCCACAGAGUGCUUUUGAAAGAGUCCAUUCAAAAUAUCCAAAGGCAACGUCUCGUAUCGUGGCAAUGGUUUUAACUAGGUUGUACAAGGUGACCUUGAACACUCUUCAUAAUUAUCUUGGGUUGACGGGUGAGGUGUUGAAACUGGAAAUCAAGUUAAAUGAAAAUAGUGGCAGCACAAACUUGCCAAAACAUUUGGUGGACGGGUUAUUACAAAGGUUAAGUAGGGCCAAUGCUGCACAAGAAGACAACUUACCGAAAAAGACAAAACACCAUCAUCGACAGGCCCUUCAAAGAACUUCGUCUAGAUACGUUUUGUUAGGCUCUAAAUUGACGAAUAAUAAUCCGGGAGAUCUUUUAUCGUCGGUACCAAUUUCUCGAGAUGGUUUCGUGAAUAAAUCGCUUUCGAAAUCCUCAACUACAACUUUGUCACUGGAUGCUGAAAGUGGGAAAACUGCUAGAAGAACAAAUUUCACUGACGAGAUAGAAGAAACUGAAGAGAAUUCGUUACGUGUUGCAAUUGUUGAGAAUAUUUUUAAAAUAAUUGGCAUCAAGGAUCAGAACGGGUAUAUGGUUGACAAUUCUGCUGAUUACCACAGUUUGAAUUCUUCUACAAAUAGCUCCAUGAUUGGAUUAAGUCAAUCUGUUUUGUCUAUGCCUUCAGUAAGACCACCCUUGUCAUUAAGACACAGUGGGAAUUUGAUGAAUACAAUUAAUUUAUCUGAACUAAAUAACAGAUCGGCAACUGCCUCACCACUGUCUCCAUCAUCUUCUCCAUCUCCAAUCCGGGAAGUUGAUACUUCUGCCACUCCAAAAAGAGAAAUUCUUACCAAGAAACGCCAUAUUUCAGAUAUGAGCAUCAAAGAUGAAUUUGCAAACCAUUUGGAGAUUAGAAACAUAGAGGCAAACACUACCAUUGUUCAGCAAGAUUCAAUCACUGCCGGGCUUUAUUAUGUUAUUGAUGGUGAGUUAGAGGUCUACCACCACUCUUCUGAAGCAAAUUCACCUAACAAGUAUGUUUAUUCCGUGAGAUCUGGUGGAAUUGCUGGAUACUUGACUUCUGUUGUGGGAUCAAGAUCGUUGGUUACAAUCAAAACACCAAAAAAAACUGGAGCUGUUGUGGCAUAUUUAUCAAAGAAUCAUUACAAUUCGUUAUUAGACAAGUACUACUUUUUGCAGUUACCUGUUGCUCUUGGAUUGAAGAAUUUAUUGUCCAAGCAGAUUAUCACCAUUGACUAUGCUUUAGAAUGGUGUCAUAUCCCCGCAGGGGAAGUGCUUUUUUCUCAAGGGGAUUCGGCGAAUGGGUUCCAUGUUGUAUUAAGUGGAAGGUUUAGAGCCAUCCGAAAAGUAGGGGCAAGUGAUAUACGAAGUCAUGAUAAAGAUUUCCAAAUAUUGGGUGAAUAUGGACAUGGUGAGUCUAUUGGGGAAGUUGAAGUUCUAACAGCCACAAAGAGAUCCCAUUCACUUGUUGCUGUUAGGGAUUCUGAAACAGCUCGUAUUCCCAGAUCAUUAUUUGAAAUGUUGGCCAAUGAAAACCCUUCCAUAAUGGUAAAAGUAUCACGACUUGUUGCAUCAAAAGUUUUAUUACAAGGUAACGAGCCUCCAACUAGAGGAUUUGUUACAUCAUCAUCGUCAAAAGCAUAUACGUGUACUGAUUACAAAACAAUCACGAUAUUGCCAACAGUGGCCGGGUUGCCAGUGAGACAAUUUGCAGAAAAGCUUGUCAAUGCAUUAAAACUAAUUGGGAGGAAUGUGAUUGCAUUAGAUCAGGCCCUGAUGUUAACGCAUUUGGGCCGACACGCGUUUGAUGAGAGCUUGUCAAGGUUGAAAAUGCUGGGUUAUUUUGCAUAUUUGGAAGAGGAAUAUGAGACUAUUGUUUACAUUUGUGAUACUGCGGUUCAAUCUAAUUGGACAUCGACUUGUAUCUCACAAGGAGAUUGUAUUUUGUUGCUAGCAGAUGCAGACGAGGAAAAUAAUGGUGUUGGUGAGUAUGAGCAAUUGUUGGUCAAAUUAAAGAACACUGCAAGAACCGAUUUGUGUUUGAUUCACCAAGAAAAAUCAGUUACUCCGGGAUCUACAAGUCCUUGGUUGAAGAAUAGAAUUUGGGUUCAAGGGCACCACCAUAUCGAGAUGAGAUUUGAGCGUGGUGGUUCACAUUUGCCAAGUAAAAAAUCGUUCAUCAGUGAUUUAGCUAAUAAAAUUUCACAAAAUAAGACCAUUAAAUCGACUUACGAAGCUACCAAACAACACAUCCGUUGGUAUUUAAGCGAUGAGAAUCGGAACAAAGCUAUGAAAAUGCACAAGGAUGAUUUUAUGCGGUUAGCCAGAAUUUUGUCCAACGAAGCUGUCGGUUUAGUAUUGGGAGGUGGUGGUUCUCGUGGGAUUUCACAUGUCGGGGUAGUUACUGCAUUGGAAAGACACGGAAUACCAGUGGAUAUUAUUGGGGGUACUUCGAUUGGAUCCUUUGUUGGUGGGUUGUAUGCGAAGGAAUACAACAUUGUUUCGAUCUAUGCAAUGGCAAAGAAGUUCUCCAAGAGAGUUUCAUCUCUUUGGAGAAUGAUAUUUGAUUUGACGUAUCCAGUCACUUCAUACAUCACAGGUUAUGAAUUCAAUCGAGGAAUUUGGAAAGUUUUUGGGUUCACGGAGAUUGAAGAUUUCUGGAUCAAGUACUACUGUAACUCCACCAACAUUACCAAUUCUACAAUGGAUAUACAUGAAACUGGUUAUGCAUGGCGAUUUAUCCGUGCUUCUAUGUCUCUUUGUGGGUUGCUUCCUCCUAUUACGUUCAAAGGAUGUAUGUUGUUGGAUGGGGGAUACUUGGAUAAUUUGCCAGUACUUGAAAUGAAGAAACGUGGUGUUAAACAUAUAAUAGCUGUUGAUGUGGGAUCAGCAGAUGAUCGUACACCGAUGAACUAUGGUGAUACGUUGCUGGGAUUUUGGGUUUUGUUCAACAGAUGGAAUCCCUUUUCUAAGCACCCAAACGUUCCAAGUAUGAUGGAAAUUCAAUUGAGAUUGACCUACGUGUCUAGUGUUAAUGCUUUGGAAGAGGCGAAGAGAACCGCUGAUGUAUACUAUUUGCGUCCGCCUAUAGAUGGAUAUGCCACAUUAGAUUUUGGUAAGUUUGAUGAGAUAUAUAAUGUUGGAUUGAAGUAUGCUGAUGAAUUGAUAACAGAGUGGAAAUGUAACAACAAAGUUCCACCAAUUGCAGGUUUAGUUGAGAAGAAUCAUACAAAACAAGAUGAAAACAAGAGGAUAUUGUAUAGGAGAAACUCUGUUUGA